GUGGCGAGUGGUGGGAGUUAUGCACCGCUCCGUUGCAAAAGCACGCGAGGACAAUGCUUGAAAGCUGCUUGCUACGCAUGCGUUGAACAUCUGAUUGCCGAAUUUAUCGCGAUGAGUUUGGCGGGCUGCGUGGUGAUCUCCGAAGCUCUGUCCGGUGUCACUUUUGGUGGCAGUGCGUGGUCGUGCCCAGAGGAUUGAUAUUUUUCAAAGAACAUUCACUGAAAUACCUGCAAUGCCUACUGGAGAUAUCCCUCAGAUCAUGGUCUUCAGGCCAUCAUAUGAAGAAUUCAAGGAUUUCUCAAAGUACAUUGAGUACAUUGAGUCUCAAGGUGCCCACAGGGCAGGCCUAGCAAAGAUUAUUCCACCGAAGGAGUGGAUACCACGGAAGGGCGGCUUCGACAUGAAUGACAUUGGCGACAUGGUCAUAAACGAUCCAAUAUGCCAGGUGGUGACUGGCCGGCUCGGCGCCUACACCCAGGUCAACGUGCUGAAGAAUCGGCUGACGGUGCGCGAGUACCGCGAGCUGGCCGACAGCCGCGGCUACCGGCCGCCGCCGCACGCCGACUUUGACGACCUGGAGCGACGCUACUGGAAGAACGUCACCUACGUGUCGCCCAUCUACGGCGCCGACGUGUCCGGCUCGCUCACCGACGCCGACUGCGACGUUUGGAACAUCAACCGUCUGGGAACGAUUUUGGACUUCGUCAACAAGGACUACGGCCGCAGCAUUGCGGGCGUGAACACCGCUUACCUGUACUUCGGCAUGUGGAAGACGACCUUUCCCUGGCACACAGAGGACAUGGACCUGUACAGCAUCAACUAUUUGCACUACGGAGCGCCGAAGUCUUGGUACGCGGUGCCGCCGGCGCACGGUCACCAGCUGGAGCACGUGGCCGCCUCACAGUUUCCUUCCGUCGAGGCCGGUCGGUGCAACGCCUUCCUCCUACACAAGUCGUUCCUGCUCAGCCCACAGGUGCUCAAACGCCAUGGGGUGCCAGUCAACAAGAUCACGCAGGAGCAGGGCGACAUCAUGAUCACCUUUCCAUACGGCUAUCACUCGGGCUACAACCACGGCUUCAACUGCGCCGAGUCGACCAACUUUGCCUCCCCCCGCUGGAUUGAGUAUGGCAAACGCGCCACACUCUGCUGCUGCGGGGAGGACACGGUGCACAUCAACAUGGACACGUUCGUGCGUCGGCUGCAG